CCCCAACCGAUUAUGAAAGAGACCAAGAAACCAUAGCAUCUCCGUCUUCGCAGGAACUAUGGCUUUCGAAGCUGACUCAUCUGGAGGCUCCGAUGAAGUUCAUACCGACGUUCUAUCGGAAUCAAGACAAGCUUGCUACAAGGCUCGCGAUGCUUUUUAUGCUUGUAUGGAGAAGGAAUCUGAUAAAAAACCUACUGAAAUUGCUUCUGUUGGCCUUAUUUACCCUGCCGAGUGUAAAGCUUUGAGAGCUGAUUAUGCCAAACUUUGCAGAGCUUCUUGGGUGAAGCAUUUUGAUAGGAAGUUUUGUCAGAACAGUAGGGUUCAAAGACUCCUAGAUGACAAAGAUUUGAGGAGAGUGGAAGUUUAAAUACUAUGGAUUGAAUUCAAAGAAGGAAUCCAAACUUGGCUUUCUCCAAACAUCUGUCUUUGUUGUUGCAAGAGUAAAGAUUUUAGCAAUCACCAGUUCCUCCAUGGUGUGACUUACAUUAUCAACAGUUUUAAUUUGUUUGGUGUCCUUCAAAGAAAUUGGGAAGAUGUUCUUUUUGAAUGGUUGUCUAGUUGGUGGAUCAAAGUGAAGGCUAGAAUCUUGUGGAGUAGUGCUUGUUUACCUUUCCUCUCAAGCUAUAUGGAAGGAAAGAAAUUGAAGAUUGUUCCCAGAUAAGGUCUCGACUUCCAAUGUUUUUAUCGAAGAUGCACAAUUCACUGUCUCUUGGAGUGCUCUACGCAGUUUUUUUGUAAAACACAACAUGCUCUCAAAUUUUAGAUGGGAGAUCAUUCCUUUUUUAUCCUUCUAUUUUAGGCUUAGGAUCUCUUUUCCCUAAGGCCUUUUGUAUGUUGUUCACUUUAUUUUGUUUAUAAGGUUUCUCCGUUUCUUAUCAAGAGAAAAAAAAAUCUCAACUAAGUGAUAUCUCAUUGACUUGGAAGCUCAA